GACAGAGUUAUUUGAUACAUUUUUGAUACAUCUUCAUUACAUUUUGUGUUAUAUGUAAUAUGAAAGAAAUGAGUUAAAGAGGAGGUCCGCCUGUUGAACUCUACUUUCCAUUGGAGGACUCUCUCCGCCCCAGAGCUUCACAUCUGACUCUCUGGGCCUAUUCUUUCCUUACCUUUUAGCAAAUUACUGAAAGACCAAAGGAUGUACGAAAUGAAGAGGAGAUAAAAGUAUGAAAUUAAAAGCAACUGAGGAUCUCUUUAUUUAUAUCAUCGGACAACAAGGACUUUUGCACAAGUCUACUGCAUGAGGAUUUCUUUUCCACACUUUUUCUCUUCUCCAGCCUACCUGUCAUUCAUCUUUUCCAACCAAUGGAGAGCCUUCUCACCAACAUCAGCUCCAACUCCACUGCUGAGCCUCUCCUGUCACUUUUCAACUCACACCAAACUAACUGCAACACCUGGGACCAGGAAUGGGGGACCGCAUACCUGCACAGGUUAGCCCACCUGGACAUGCAGCUGUAUCAAGAUUUCUACACCGUCUGGGUUUUUCUGAUGGUGUUUAACUGUCUGAUGCUGGUGGUUGGUGUGGUCCUCAACAGCCUGGCUCUCUACGUUUUCUGCGGUGCCUCUGCACACUCUUCGGCCUCCGUGGUUUACACCAUAAACCUGGCCGUGGCUGACCUGCUGGUGGCCCUGUCGCUGCCGGCUCGCAUCGCUCUGUACCACAGUGGAGGGAGCUGUGUGGCCUGCUCAUACGUCCACACCUUCAGCUACUUUGUCAAUAUGUACUGUAGUAUCCUGUUUCUGACCAGCAUCUGUAUCGAUCGGUACCUCGCUGUCGUCCACGCAUCCAGUACCCUUCAUCGUUGGAGGACCAUAGGAGCGGCCAGGUGUGUCAGUGCCACCGUGUGGUUCAUUGCAGUCGUGGUCACCUACUCUUUUCAGACCACAGCUUUGGAGCUCAGUUCCUCCUGCAUGGUCCUCCCUGCCCUCUUCUAUCUCACCAUCCUGGAGUUUCUCCUCCCCCUGCUCGCCGUGGUGGUCUUCACUCUGCGCGUCACCUGUUUUCUCUCCUGCAGCCACAGCGGGAUGCCCCACCAGAGCAGGGUGAGGAGGACUCGUGCCAUCAGGCUUUUGGCCACCGUCCUGGUGGUCUUCACUGUGUGUUUCACACCCUUCCACGUCCGCCAGGUGCUGGUUUACUUCCAGUUCAGAGUGGCAGGGGAGGCGCCCGGGCAAGGGGCGAGGGAUGUGCUUGCCUAUCACAUCACCGUGACCUUGAGCAGCCUGAACAGCUGCCUGGAUCCAGUGGUUUACUGCUUUGUGACGGACAGCUUCAAGAGAAUGUGGAGGACCAGGAGAAGGAGAGGCAGAGAGGAGGACGGGGAGGUGGGGUUUACAAGCGGCGUCGAAGGGGAGAGGAAUUCGGUGAAUAAAUGCUCGGGUACGGCACUGGCGAUAGCUCAGAGCAUAGCCACACUAACGCUCACAAGCGCACCCCUCUCUGCAGCCAGCGCACACCACUCUGAUUGGACAGGCGGCCAUGUUUCAGAAACCAGUGAUGGCAUAGUUCAGAGAGACAGCUGGAGACAGUGACACAUGUCGAGUUUGUUUUGCUGUGAAACCAAUGAACUUAAACUGCUUCAAGUUUCAAAAGCUGCUGGAUUACACAUAGAAAAAAAAAACUAUGUAUGAGGGGAGUUGAUGCUUGGCACCUCAUCAAAGUUUAUGAUGUAAAAAUUCUGAUUGAUAACUACGGGAAAAAAAACCCUUUUUAUUCACAAACAAGCUUUUUAUUUAGUCAUUGUUCUUUCUGGAUACUUCUUUAACACUCUUUGUAAAUUCCUGCACACAAUUUGAGUUAAACAACGCUAUACCUGUCCCUUUAUUACCCUUCUCUCUCUUUUUUUAAACUAAAAUUUGUCCAUUGAAAAUAAAAACAAAAAUACAACAGUUGUAUAGUAGGCAAAUCCAGCAAACUACUGUGACUAAAUCCUACUAUUUAGAAUGGAAAUACUCCUUUUUUGUACUUUUGUGGACUAUUUAUUUGACUGCUUUGAUUUUUUUAUACUGUAUUUGACUCUGAUUCAUCAAUAUUUCUGUGUUGAGUCACACUGAAUGUUGAAAGCCUUCAAAAAUGACAUCUGCAACAUUAAAAUGAAGAAUAACAGAUAGAGUUAUGAGCAAAGCAAAGGGGCUUUCAGAGGGUUGAAGUCUCGAGACACAUAAAUAGGAUAAAUGCACUCUUUGUGUGUAUAAACAUUUAGGGAUAUGCAGUGUGAUGUUCUUUUUAUGACUUGUUAAUAAUUUAAAAAAUGAUUAAAUGGAAUAAUGUCAGCAUCACAAAGACAGGAAAUGAUGAAAAACAAAAGCACUGCUUUGUUUCUAGUACAUCAGGUUAUUUGGCUGGAUUUAAAUUUAGGCUACAUUUUAGAGGCUGUGAUCACACACAUCCUCUCCAUAAUUCAGGACUCAGUAGAUGCAAGUUAAAUGUUUAAGAAAUGGAUGGAUCAAUCAAACUAUGUACUAACAUAAAGUCACUUUAUCAUAAAUUCAUUUUCUUCUUCUUCUCCUUGUUAGUUUGUCUCAGCAUUGCUUGUUUUUGAGUCAGUGUCUGCUAUUUUUACUGACUUGUUUGUCUUGUUUAGUGUAUUAAAUGAUUUAUAUA